AUGGCUAGAAAUCCUCAACAGGCCCGCGCUUCCGCUAGACUGACAAAACGUAGAUUGACAACGAGUAAAAAAUCACUUAGAUCUUCGAGUUCUACUCCAAGGUCUAGACCUGGAGAUCCAAUAAGACCUACUAGAUCACGAAGAUAUCGUCCAGGAACAGUAGCUUUACGUGAAAUUCGACAAUAUCAAAAAACCACUCAACUCUUAUUAAGAAAAUUACCAUUUUCACGCGUUGUUCGAGAAAUUGCACUUGAAGUUCUGGGACCAAGUCCAGAAAUAGCCACGGAAGCAUAUCUCGUUCAUUUGUUUGAAGACGCAAAUCUAUGUGCAAUUCACGCUAAACGAGUCACAAUAAUGCAGAAAGAUAUUCAACUUGCUCGUAGGAUUCGUGGUGUCUGGGGAGGUCUCGGUUAA